UGUUACGAGGAUUUACUCGAGUAUAGUACCAUUUACCCUAGCGGAACCCAAAUCGAUUGACUAAAGUGUAAGCAGUGAGCAAGAUGCAAAAUCAACAACUACACAAAGAAGACGACGAUGAUGGCCCGCCACCAGGGUGGCAACCCAUCCCCACUCCGCCACCACCACGACCUUCCGGUUCAGCUCAAAUGAUUUGUGGUUCGUGUCGUCGCCUGCUUUCAUAUCCACGUGGUGCCAAACAUGUCAAAUGUUCAUGCUGUCAAACGGUCAACAUUGUAUUUGAAGCUGAUCAGGUUGGACAAGUUAAGUGUGGUAGUUGUGCAGUAUUGCUAAUGUACCCAUAUGGUUCUUCACAAGUUAGAUGUUCCUCAUGCCGGUUUGUGACAGAAAUUGGGGCACACAACAGGCGGCCUCCAUGGUCUGUGCAACAAAGGAAACCAACUCCUUCCAAGGCUGGUUGUUAGUGGUCUGUACAUUGGCCUCUUAGAUGGACCAUUCUUGUAUAACAAACAAAUUUGGUAGGCGGGUUUCACGGAUGAAUCUCAAAAUUGCUUUGUUUUUGAGAUAUGUAUCCAAAUGGAAUUAUUUAUUGAACUGUAAGUCUUGGGUGUAAGAGGUGGGUUUCAGUUACCUUAGCAUGACAAUUUUUCUCCUGUUUUUAACUAAACUGAAAUCCAAAGUUGAAUUUUAGUG